AUGAAGAGCUUCACCUUAAUAACAGCAUUCCUUCUCUGCAGCCUCAGCUGGAUCUCUGUCUCAGUUUCUGAGUCUCAGACUGUGGAGGUCCAGCCUGAUGAAGAAGUCACACUGCAGUGCUCCAACAUCUCCAAAAGUCAAACUCAGACAGAGUGGUUCAGAGUGGUCAACGGAACCAAAGCCAGCUGUAUCGCCUCUAUGUACGGGUCUGACAACAAAGUUAUACACUGUGAUGGAUUUCAGAAUGCAGAAUUUGAAAUUAGUUCAAAUAUCUCUACAGUCUUUCUUAAAAUCACAAAAGUGGAUUUAUCUGACUCUGGAUUGUAUUUCUGUGGAUUUUACAUCGGCGUAAACACAGUCAUUGCUGAUGUGACAAAGUUACACGUUCAAGGUAAUGGUGAAUCUGAGGGUGAAGCACAUUUAAAGACUAAAAAAGAGUCUGGUGGAAUAAACCUGAUGAGUAUGAUCCUGGGUGCUGUCAUUGUCUUGCUCACUAUGAUCAUCAUUAUUCUGGCUGUUCAAAUCAGGAAACUUCAGACAGCUACCAAUGCCGAACCACAGCCAGAAAGAAACAAGAAUAUGGGCUCAGAUGACCUGAACUAUGCAGCACUGAAUUUCCAGCCAAAAGCAAAAAGAACCCGUCGGCCUGCAACCGAAAGAGAAAAGGAACUAAGUGUUGUGUAUGCUGCCACCAGAUAGACUCAGGAGAUGCCUGGAACUGCAGCUCGCUGUAGAAAUUGUGUUUUAUUACUUUAAUCUCUGCUAUGCUUUUCU